AGUUUCAAUUCAUUCGUCAAAAGUUAAGACCAAAACUACGAUGGUCUCCAGCACAAAAGAUGGUAUUACCAUACGGAUCAUGAGAAAAGAGGACUACCUAAGUGUAAAAGCACUCAUGAAGGACUCCUUUUUCCAGUCAGAGCCACUGUGCAAAUCAAGUGGCGAAAAAGUUUACAGUCAACACGAGAAGGAGAACGAUGAAUAUCACCUGUCGAUGAUUUCUCAGGGCACGUGUUUGGUGGCUAUCGAUGAGAACAACGGUGGACGAUUGGUGGGACUGGUACUUGCUGGUGCCCAGUAUCCCGACGACUUGGAGAAGCAUCGCAUUGAGGCAGAGGCCAUGGAGCAGAACUUUUGGGGACGCGUCAGCAAGUUUCUCUCUAAAAUUGAACGGGAGGCCAACCUCUUUGAGCGCUUUGGCAUAUCGAAACUGCUGUACUCCCACAUUACCACUGUCGAUGCUUCAAUGAGGGGCAAAGGACUGGGCUCACGACUCGCUGCCACUUUAAUGGAGGUGGGUCGAUCUAAGGGAUUUCCCGUGAUGGUGGCCUACUGCACGAGCUUUUACUCCGCCCGCCAAAAGGAGGCACUGGGGAUGAAGUGCGUCCAUUCGCUCUCCUACGCCGAUUACAAGGACGAACAAGGACGACCGAUCUUUACACCCCCAGAACCACACACAAUGGCUCGAAUUAUGGCCAUCAAACUGUAAUUAUAACAGAUUAAGUAAAAAAGAUUAAAGCAAUCGAUAAAAGAAGGAUCUUCCUAAAA